AUGCCUCCUAGCUACUACCCCCUUUCGGACAUCCUAGCAGUCGCUAGGGUGCAUCCAUUCUAUUCAGAUGCGGAGUACCCCCCAACCCCCGAAAGCCUUGUCAAGGUCCUGGAGGCUAAGAAUAAAGACGAGAGUGUCGAACUGAGGUCAUUCCCAGUAAUACGUAAAGAUGCGAUGUACAAGUCGAUUGGAAGGCUGUCGAAGGAUUUAAGCCCCAACAAUGGGUAUCGCAUAUUCACCUAUAUUAGUAUCACUGGUGGGGGCUCAGGGGGCACUCCUAUGGCCUUUGCCACCGAUGCCAUCGAGAAUCGAAAGCAACGUGCUGUGACAGGAUCGUUUGUGCGAGCCUGUGGGCUAGUUGGGCCAGGAGACUGGGUCCUCAGUUUGCAUAUAUCUGGUGACUUCUAUAGGGCACUUGAUUUGUGCACUGAGAUACUAGAAUGUGCAGGUGCUUCUGUCCUAUGCGGUGGCCACUCAAUGCCAUAUCCUGAAGCCGUCCAAGCAGUGGUUGAAUACAAGGUGAACGUGGUGAUAGGAGACGGGAGCCAGUUGCUUCAACUUGCACUCUAUGUCUCCUCACUCCCACAUGAGAAACGGGAACCAAUCAAGCUCACCAAAGCCAUAUACACAUCUGAGCAGCUAGUAGGAUCCCAGCGAGCAUUCUUCCUAUCCGUUUUCAAGGGAAUCCAGCUCUGCUCGAUACUGGGAAGUGCAGAGGCAGGGCCCUGGGCGGUUGGGAACUCAGAUAUCACUGGGAACGCGGAGCAUGAUUAUGCUGAUUUCAUCUACGAUACUCGCUCGAUGAUUAUCGAAAUUUUCCCCUUAUCACUAGAAGAACCUGAAUCAGAUGUUAAAACCCGUGCUGGCCAAGAGGACCCUCUUCCCGAAGGAGAGAAGGGAAUCAUAGUGCAGACAUCUUUACAGCGUCUUCGGAACCCUCUGCUCCGAUAUGUAACCGGGGACGUUGGCUCCCUCCACCCUCUUCCUGAGAAGGCUCUAUCUGUGAUCCCAGCGGAAGAGGCAAAGUAUAUGAAGAUACUCCGACUGUAUGGCCGCGACCGAAGAUUUAGCUUCAAGUGGUUUGCCGUGUAUUUUGAGAUGGAUAAGGUUGAAGCUUUGAUGCGAACUGAAAGAUUUGGUGUGUUGCAGUGGCAGAUUAUUCUCAGCCACCCGGGAGGGUCACCUGAAGUUGCAUUAGAGAUGCGAAUAUUGAGGUCUAGCGAGAGCGAUAAUUUGAUCUCUGUGGAGGAUAUGAGGUCAGAACUGGAGAAAUUUUUCGGUUUCUUGCCAAUCAACGAACACUUGUUGCAUUUCAAUUUUAUCCAGACCUAUCUGGACUUCGAGCGCAGCAAAACAGGCAAUAAGGUGAUUAAAUUUAUUGAUAGAACGAAGAGCUGA